CUAAAUGAAAUUUAGUAGUGCAAUACUUAGUUAAGAAAUAGAGAUGGCUGACCCAACUUUGGACACUGACAGUGAAGAUGAAAUACCGGCCGGAUGGGAAGAGAGGGUGACUUUAGACGGAGAAGUUUAUUACGCAAAUCACAGUACAGAGAAGACCCAGUGGGAACACCCAACUACAGGGAAAAGAAAAUCUGUAAAAGGAGAAUUACCAUAUGGCUGGGAAAGAAAGAUACGUGAGGAUGGAGUAGUGUUCUAUGUUGACCACAUAAAUCAGAAGACUACAUACACAGACCCUAGACUGGCAUUUGCCGAAGAAGUUUCAAAAAAGGAAUUGAAACAAAAAUUUGAUGGCAACAGUUCUGCGUUACAGAUAUUGAACGGUCGAGACUUAAGUGGAAAGUAUGCCAUUGUUACUGGUGGCAACAGUGGAAUUGGUUUUGAAACAGUACGAUCACUAGCAUUUCAUGGUGCUCAUGUUGUAAUGGCAUGUAGAAAUAUGGACGCAGCAAGACAGUGUAGAGAUCAGAUCUUAGAGGAGCGACCUAAAGUUAAAAUAGAAAUUAUGAAGAUAGAUCUGGCUUCAUUGAAAAGUGUUCAAGAAUUUGCUGAACAAUAUAAAAACAAAAGUUGGCCUUUACAUCUACUGAUACUGAAUGCAGCUGUAUUUGGUCAGUCUUACACUCAAACUGAGGAUGGUAUAGAAUUAACAUUUCAAGUGAAUCAUUUGUCACAUUUCUACCUCACAAAAUUAUUAUGGACUGUGUUGAUGAAUUCUGCUCCAGCUAGAGUAAUUGUAGUCUCCUCAGAGUCACAUAGAAGUGCAAAUUUGGAUAUAUGUAACUUAAAUGAAGAAAAACUAUCGCCUAGUGCUAAACAAUACUGGGAUAUGCAAGCAUACAACUUGUCCAAACUGUGUAAUGUUCUCUUCUCCCUUCAUUUAAAUAAUCUUCUCUCAAAGUAUGGUGUAGUUUCCAAUUCGCUGCAUCCAGGAAACAUCAUGUAUACGAAUCUACAGAGAAACUGGUGGUUUUACAGAUUAUUGUUCUAUGUUGCAAGACCUUUCACAAAGUCAAUGCAACAAGGAGCAGCCACAACUAUUUAUUGUGCUUCAGCCCCAGAGUUACAGAGUAAUGGUGGAAUGUAUUUUAAUAAUUGCUGCCGUUGUCCCCCAUCUAGUGCAGGAUGUGAUGAUGAGCUAGCCAAGGCAUUGUGGGAUAUUAGUGAACGUAUGCUAAGUAAACGGAUCGGAAGACCAAUUUGAAUGAUGCAAGCUAUGUUGUUAGUGGCUGUUUAAGAUAUUGCUGGAAAUUAUGAGGACACAUUAUACUGAAGCAGGGGACCAAACCCGGGGAAAAAAAGAGGCUAGUUUUGUAGGGGAAGCGGCCGAAUAUAUGCUCAAAGGGUUUUAAUUGGCUCUGACUGAAGUGUUAGGACCAAUCUUCUUCUAGGUUGAUAAAGUAUCAGUGGAUAAAAUGAUUAUCAUUCCUAAUUAUAGCAGAUAGAUUAAUAGAAAUAAACAAUUUGUUACAUUAUUUGUUUUGGAUAUAAUAUUAAAACUGCAUAAAGUAUAAGAAAGAUUCCCCCACUCUUUUUGAAAAUUUAACGUUACCAAUGCAUACAUUCUGAGGAAUAUUUAUAGAAUUUUUUUUGAGUCACAUGGGAUAUUGAUUAUAAAUGUAAAAUAUGAAAUAUUAAGCAAGUGUUACGAAAGUGUGUAGUUCUUUUGUCUUUUACCUGUGCCAUGGUCAUUGAUACAUUUACAUGGUUGAGCAUAAUAUCACUCCAAUCAUAUGUUAAUUAGGCCUUUUAGUCUAUCGGAGGACUAUAUUGUUUUCUUGUUCAUGUGUAGACGUACUUAUGCAAUAUGUCAAAAUUGAUCAAAAUUAUGAAAAACUGUACAAAAAGGAUUUUUUUCUUAAAGGCCCAUUUUGCCUGAGUAAUGUUUUAUUUAUUUUUUUCUCAUUUUUUAAAAACAUUUUUGUGUGUGUAUUCUAUUAUAUAUAGUUUUCAAAAAGCUACAUAUUGGCAAAUUAUCUGAACCAUCUUUUGCUUCGGCUGCUUUUUGACAAUUAGUACAGUUAUAGUUAUUUAGUAUUUUGAAUGGAAGUAAAUACUACUUUGUUUACAUUUUGCUACUUUUGUAAGAAACAAUUUCACAUACUGCACUCCUUUCUUCAGGUGAUAAGCAUCUUACAUAAAAAAAACAACAA